AUGGCUGUCCUGCCACAAUUUGAGAAGGGUUCCCCAUUUAAACCUAUAAAUACACUCAUGGUUGUCCUGCCACCAAGGAGUGCUCAUGCACUUCCUGAGGACUAUCGCGCACUUAUGAUGGAAGACUGUUCGAGCAUCAUAGAAUUUUAUCCUUCUGAUUUCAAAGUGGACAUGGAUGGGAAAAGAUUUACAUGGCAGGGUAUCAGCAAACUUCCCUUUAUAGAUGAAUCCCGUCUUCUACACGAGACAAGGAAGUUGGAGAAGGAACUAAAGGGGGAAGAAAUUGAGAGGAAUGCUGAAAAACUUGAUUGGUUAUUCAUCCGAAGCUCCCACAUUAUGGCAUCACAAAUUGUCUCACUGACUAAUGGUGGCAAUCAGUCUAUCAAAAUUGACCCUAAUUUGAGCUUUGGAAUCAGUGGCUUUAUCCGUCAACUUGAUGAUAAUGAUGCCAAGGUGAAAGGAGAUGAUAGCUCUGAAGAAGACCCUGUCUUAUGUCCCCUAUAUGAGCUUCCUAACAUAAGUCUGCAUAUGCCUCGUUGGCUUGUUUACUUGACGGUUUACAACUUCCUACCAAGACAAUCAGUGAAUGUGAGCUUAUAGAAACAGUUCUAUGGCACGAAUGUCAGGGAAAUGCGACCACUCACAGAUUGCAGCAAGGUUCAAAAAACCAAAUGAUUUCGGAAAUUCAAGUUUUCAA